AGUUAUAGUCACAUUUCUACGCCGUACGUAGCGGCACUGCCAAAUUUUCCGAAAUAAUUAUCCUCGAGCACUGCUCGUGCCUGGACAAUCCCAGAUAAGUCGUUCUGGAGAUAUUCAGCUACUACUCGGUUUAGUCGUCCGCAGAGUUGAAAUAAGAAUUGCCAGUUCAAAAUUGACGCUCACCCAAGAAGGUCACAAACCAUUACAAUGAGUCGACUUGUUCUGGCUGCAUUCCUGGUCGGAGCGUUCCUGGCCUCCACGACCUUGGCCCGUUACUGCGAUGGAAUUCCGGAGGGAACCCUCAUAAACUGGCACGACGUAGCGCUGUGCAACAGAUUCUACGCGUGCCAGCAUGGCGUCGAUCACGAGUGGUUCUGCCCCCCGGGGCAGUUCUUCAGCCAGCGCAACCAACAGUGCGAGGCCACGUGCAACGUGAUUGAUAGGCAGCAAUGGUGCGCCGGACUGCCCGAUGGAACGUUUAUCCGAAUUCCUCCGGGUGAACCGGCGGACUGCAACCGCUACUACACGUGUAUGGCCGGAGUAAUGCACCCGCAGGCUUGUCCGCCCGGGUUCUGGUUCUCGCAGCAGCUGCAGAUGUGCGUGGUUGAUCAGUCGCAGUGUUAGAAGGGAGUGCUUUGUACUUAAUCAUACGUUUCUUGUAAUAAAGUUGUGUGAACAUCGUCGCUGUUCUUUGCUCAGGUAAAAAAUA